GGUCCUGACAGCAGCACGAGCGAUGCGAGUCGAGGGCUGCGAGGAAACAGACUAAAAAACACAAAACACCUCGGCCGAGUCUCGUUUUGUUUUCAGCGGAGUGAAGAGCAACACAGCGCAGCGAGCAUGUCGGUGCUAGCUCUGCAAGAGUACGAAUUCGAGAGACAGUUCAAUGAGGACGAAGCCAUACGAUGGAUGCAGGAGAACUGGAAGAAGUCCUUUCUCUUCUCUGCACUCUACGCUGCCUGUAUCCUCGGUGGCCGCCAUGUCAUGAAACAGAGGGAGAAGUUUGAGCUGAGAAAACCGCUGGUGCUAUGGUCGCUCACACUUGCUGUAUUCAGUAUAUUUGGUGCCAUCCGUACUGGGAGUUACAUGAUGUACAUCCUGAUGACGAAAGGGCUUAAACAGUCAGUUUGUGACCAGAGCUUUUACAACGGGCCUGUCAGCAAGUUCUGGGCAUAUGCCUUUGUACUUAGUAAAGCACCAGAACUGGGUGACACUCUGUUCAUUGUCUUGAGGAAACAGAAGCUCAUCUUCCUUCACUGGUACCACCACAUCACCGUGUUGCUCUACUCUUGGUACUCCUAUAAAGACAUGGUGGCCGGUGGCGGAUGGUUCAUGACCAUGAACUAUUUGGUCCACGCCGUCAUGUACUCUUAUUACGCCUUGCGGGCGGCUGGCUUCAAGGUGUCGCGCAACUUCGCCAUGUUCAUCACACUCACCCAGAUCACCCAGAUGCUGAUGGGUUGUGUGGUUAACUACCUGGUGUACUCAUGGAUGCAGCAGGGCCAGGAGUGUCCAUCCCACAUGCAGAACAUUGUGUGGUCCUCUCUCAUGUACCUCAGCUACUUUGUGCUCUUUGUCCAGUUCUUCAUCGAGGCCUACUUCAGCAAGUCCAAAUCAUCGGCUGCGGCUGUCACCAAGAAGAGCGAGUAAAAAAGAAAAUGCCAUUAGUAUGGGAAGAAGGGAGAGAUAAUGAAGAAAAGGAAGGUGGGGAUGGAGAGCAGGUUCCAGUGACUUGAGAGAAUCUGUUAGGGUUGGGUAAGGGUUGUUGGAAUGUUGAUGGUGAUGGGGGGAGGGUCAUGAAGAUGGCUGGUGUUUGUGCUUGAGCAUUACUAAUAAUGUGCAGAUCUAAAAUGCCCCAAUGGAGUUUAUGUCUCCAUUAAGGGGAGCAGCGCCGCCAUGAUCAGAAGCCAUCACGAGUUGUCCACCUGAAGUUUAAAAGCCCCUUUUUGAAUUCGCUAUGAAUAGUUUUUAAAACCUAAAAGUUAACAAAAGGACAAAAUCGCCAGAUUAAGAGAAACAUUACAUCUGCCCUGUGCAUAUGUUUACUUGAUAUUAAAAAAGAUAUUAAUUGGUACAUAUGAAGAUGGAUGGAGUCAGCGUUAACUUGAGCCAUCUGAGUAUGUUUUUGUCUGUCUGUCAUCUGUGUUUGUUGUUUUGUUUUGAUCUGUUAAAGAAGAGGUUAAAGACACUGCUGAGUGUGUGAAGCUGCCGAGUGUUGGUGGUUGACAUGAACUGAUGGGGUGAACGGCACUGUAUCUUCUGUGACUUACAUUGCAAAAUGCGAUAUUUUCUCAGGUCUUAGGUUAUCUCUUUCUUAAUAAAAUAUGCAUAUCAAGACAAGGUAGACAUGUUUAACAUCACCGGUUUACAGUAUGGCUGAAAUUCAUCUAGAAUGGGCGUAUAGUUGAAAAAAAGUGACUGAUUAGAGGAACAUGACUCAAAUGAUCACACUGCUCGUGGGCAUGAUGGGAAACAGAUGCUGACAGUGCCCUGCUUCACCACGCGUCAUGACCUUGCAGAAGUUGCCGACCACACUUGGAAAAUGACUUGCCAUUGGUUUCCAAACACUACUCUGUGUUAAAGGGUCCCUACCAGUGAAGAGAACCAGUUUGUUAGGACACUGAAAGAUCAAAUGGAGGACAAACAUGUAUGUUUAGAAAAAGAAAAAAAAAAUCAAACAUGCAAAUUGUCAAAAAUCUGCUGUAUUGACUUUAAAAAAUAGUAUGUAUCCUUAAUGGUGUCUGUUGUGCUAUUGUGCAUUUGCACUGUAUCAAUGUCAAAAAUUGUGUUGCUGAAAAACUUAACGUAUGAACAAAGAGUGCAAAAAUUGUGACAUUCUGCCUGUGGUGUGUUUAUUUGGUCAUCGCUGCUGCAACAUCUUGGCAUUGCAAACGUACUUUUUUUGGAGUUGAACCUGAAAAGCCAUUUUAGCAGUUACUCAGCAGAAUUUUUGUUUACAGGGAACAAUAUUUAUAUCUGUUUAAACCUUUAACUGAAUAAUUAAUUAAUUGAUUCAGUGGCUCUUAGUAGAUAAGUGGAUAAGUGCUUUAUGAGCUGAACAGUGUAUGAAGGAUCUCACUCUCUAUUUAAUUGAGUCACUAAAGCCAAAGUGUGUCACCAAUAAAGAAGGUUGGCUGGUAGCAAUCUUCAACGGUAUACAUGACUUGAGUAAUUGAGGUAACUCGCGUAAGCAGUUAACUAUUUCAUAAUUGCAGCUGGACUUGCAUUCAAAAAGUGCAAUGAUGCAAUAAAGCUUUAUUGAAGCCAAUUACAUUUGUGCAAAAAAAUGUUAAAUGGCUAGAUCCAUCUGAGGACUAUUGAUAGUUUAAAAGAAGGUGCAGUGCUCUCUUCUAUGUUAAUUAUUUUGGUAUAUUGGUCAUCUAACAGAAUGUUUUAUUAUUUACUGUGGCUCAUUAUAGAAGAUGAGCAUAAACACACCUUAAUAUUACCCACAUAUAAUAAUAACAUUUUCAUGUCUUUCAUUGAAACACCAUUCAUUGUGAUGCAUUAAUGGUGCAGCAUAUAGUAAAAGACUGAAGCUAAAUAUCAUUCUUUAAAUUGUAGGAUACUGUACAGAAAUGAAGCAAAUUAUGUUCCGGACAGAGAAAAAGCCAGUAAACUAUAUGAUUGUUGUCAUGUUUGAUUCCUUCUGGAUUUUUACCAUAGCCACAUUCCAUACAGAAUAAAACAUAUUCAAAUACGUUAUAGUUUGCAAAACUCAUGUAAGUAGAAAUGUAUGAUCAGUUUAGCCACCGCCAUGUGUCCGCUUGACUAGCAGACUGUUCAAUCACAGAAAACUUUUUUUGUUGUUGUAAUUUUAUUGACAAAAAAAGGAAAAACAAAAGAUGUACACGUUACAGCUAAAAAUUAAUGCUAGGGGGAUGGGGAUCUAUAUGAAGAUUUUUAACAUAGUACAAUGUGUUACAGUUAUAAUGUCUUUAUGUUUCAGGGAGGAUUGAAUUGAAUAAAUGCAUUGUUUGAUCUCAUUGCUAAAUGAAAUAAAGUAUGUUUUUUUACCUGUAAAUUUACAUUUAUGGAUAUGGAAUCUGCCAAUUAUAAUUGAUAAAGAUUUAUGAUGAUGUACAAAUGAUAUUUUUUCUGUGUUCUUUUCAAUGAGACCAAACAAUACGUUCUUCCAAAGUAAAAUAAAAUAAUAAAUAUUUUCA